AUUCCCAACAUGGAUUUGGUGAGAAAUAGGAGGCAAAUAGCUAACCGAAGUAGAAUUCCGAAAAUAUCCCUACCCUAACACCAAACGCCAAUAGCAGCGGUGUGCUUCCAGCACUUCAGCCUCGUUCAUCUGCGUAUCCCCUCCGGCGCCGGCAUCCUUAUCGUCUCCGUUGUUUCCAGAGAGAAAGACGGUGAUUGUGAAUUUCAGUCUUAAGCUAAAUGGGUUGUUAUCUUAGAUAUGGCAGACAUGGAGUUAAGCAGGUACUUAGAUUUAGAGAUGCUAGUUAUGAUAGUACUGCCGUAAAUCCAAUCUGGUAUGCUUCUCAAGGACUUCGAUACAUGAGGAAGCUCCAAGUCAUCCUCACCUCUGACGUAGAUAAGCUGGGAAAGGCUGGUGAUACUGUCAAAGUCGCCCCAGGAUAUUUUCGCAACCACCUAAUGCCAAAGCUCCUUGCUGUCCCUAAUAUUGACAAGUUUGCUCAUCUCAUAAGCGAGCAGCGCAAGAUCUGUCAGCCAAUUGAAGGAGAAGAAGAACAAAAGGAUGUUACAGUAAUUAAAGAGUCAAAGAAAGAUAUGAUGAAAGAGUAUGAAAGGGCUGCGCUUCGUCUUGAUAAAGCUAAGCUGGUCUUGCGGAGAUUAAUUGAUGUUCAAAAAGCAAAGGUCCGUGCAUCAAAAGAUGAUCCUUUGGAGUUACGUUCACCUAUGACAAAAGAUGCUCUUGUGGCUGAGGUGGCAAGACAACUAUGUGUGAACAUUGCACCUGAAAACCUACAUCUCCAAGUGCCUUUAGCAACACUCGGAGAAUAUGAGGUGCCGCUGCGUUUACCAAGGUCCAUUCCUUUGCCGGAGGGCAAGCUUAAUUGGACUUUGAAGGUUAAAAUUAGGAGUAAGUAGAUAAGUUACUAGGCUUGUUGAAUCUGAGUAAUAAACCUUGACAGUUUUGGUGUAUGAUGAUGGAUUAAACAUCCUGGGAGCAUGUAUUGAGAUUAAUUCAUCAUUUAUAUCGAGCAUCACAUGGUUAUGUUCAUAACCAAUUUGAGAGGAUGACAAAUCUUUUAUUGAAACUGCAGAUACUUUUUCAACCA